AUGAGGAAUAUUCCUGACAAGUCAUGGAUAGAUAUCCCUAGGAGUGAACGGUUUCGUGUUCAACGUUAUGUCGAUGGAUGUGAAGCCUUCAUGAAGUAUGCCGAAAUGAACCCAAAAUAUUUAAGUAGCGGUGCAAUGUACUGCCCCUGUUAUAGGUGUAAGAAUAUGAAGCUGAAAAAUAAAGAUGAAAUACGAAGUCACUUAGCAAGCUCUGGUUUUUACGAGGAAUAUAAAUACUGGUCCUAUCACGGUGAAGGUUGUACUGAAGAUGAAGUCCCGGAUGUGCAUGUCAAUACUAGUCAUGAUGUCAGGAUAGAUGAUACAGAAGUAAAUUUACAAACUGAUAUCGGACCCGACCAUACCGAAUACGAUAUUAACAAUGACAAUGAAGAUGAUAUCAUAGUUGAUGUCCAAGAUGCUCAUGCUCCAGAGGACUUAGAUCGUAUAAUGAAACUACUAGAGGAUAGUGAAAAGGAUCUGUAUGAGGGUUGCACCGACUACUCCAGAUUUUCAUUUAUCUUGGAGCUUUUACAUAUUAAGAGCCUUAGUGGAAUGGCAAAUACUUAUUUCGAAAUGCUUCUUGAUUUGCUGCGGAAGGUAGUUCCAGGAGGAGAACGUAGCAUUCCUAAAACAACUUAUGCGGCAAAGCAAAUAGUUUCCGAUUUGGGGCUUGAUUACAAUAAGAUUGAUGCGUGUCCCAAUGAUUGUAUUCUCUACUACAAGGAUAAUAAAGACCUUCAGGCAUGCCCUACAUGUGGAGUUUCUCGAUGGAAACAACAAACCCGCUCUUCAACAAGGCAGCCAACAGAGUCAAUGUACCAGCGGAGCAGGAUUCCAGCUAAGGUGCUUCACCAUUUCCCGUUAGUUUCCAGAUUGCAACGUCUGUAUAUGAACAAAGACACCGCUAAGAACAUGAGGUGGCACAAAGAAGUCCGUAUAGAUGAUGGUAAGCUGAGACAUCCAGCUGAUGCAGAGGCUUGGAAGCAUAUUGAUAAGACUUUUCCCAAUUUCGCUCGUGAAUGCAGAAAUGUCAGACUUGGGCUUUCGAGCGACGGAUUCAAUCCGUUCGGGGUUAUGAGUUCAGGUUGGUCUACAUGGCCAGUUGUCUUAAUGCCAUAUAAUUUACCCCCACUGCUUUGUAUGAAACAACCGUAUAUGAUACUCUCAUUACUGAUACCGGGUAAGCAUGCACCGGGUAAUGAUAUUGAUGUCUACUUAGAGCCCUUAAUUGAUGAGCUAAAACAGUUAUGGUCAGAGGCUUAUGCUAAUCUUUCUGGUUGGUCGACAAAAGGCAAGUUUGCUUGUCCAGUAUGUGGCCCAGAAUUUGAAGGCCUUCACUUACCAUAUAGUCGAAAGUGUUGUUAUUGGUUCAAUAGGAGAUGGUUGCCCUCGGGGCACAAAUACAGAAAAUUGAGCAAUAAAUUUGACGGCACUGUUGAGACUAGGAAUAAACCACGUCAAAUGACCGGUGCUGAUAUUGUUAAGUUGCUUGAGCAUCUACCUAAAAUUAGAUUUGGUAAGAACCGAUACUCUAAGUAUGACUCACUCAAAGCUAGAGGCUCCUGCAAAAAGAAAAAGACACUGAAGAGGAAGAGAGCAUUCCAACGGGCACAUGUUGAUAAUGGAGUUGAUAAAUUACCAAAGGGAUGGAGUAAAUUCAGUAUCUUCUUCCAGCUACCAUAUUGGCAAAAGCUUAAAAUCAGGCAUAACUUGGAUGUCAUGCAUAUUGAGAAAAAUGUUUGUGACAACAUAGUUUCAACCCUCCUUCAAGAUCCUAAUAAGUCAAAGGAUGACCUAAGGGCUCGUCAAGACUUAGCUGCAUUGAAUAUUCGAGAAGAUUUGCAAGCACAAGAUGUUGGACUUAAAAAAACAUAA